AUGGAUCAUUCCCUCUUCAACGAGUUUGCUGGCCGAGCAGCAAAAUGGAGUGGGAGUUUCGCUAUCGCUGCCGUGAUAUUUAUCGUUUUCCAUUCCAUGGUGUCGUAUUUUAAACUGCGACACAUUCCAGGGCCUCCCAUUGCUGCUUUUACCAAUGUCGUUCGUCGUGCAUGGGUAGUGCGCGGCGACCUACACGAGAAACACACCCGUCUGCAUCGCAAGUAUGGGACAGUUGUUCGUGUUGGCCCGAGAGCCGUCUUGGUUUCACAGCCAAAAGCUAUCGAAAAGAUCUAUGGAUUCAAAGCCAAGUUCCUCAAGUCUGAAUUCUAUGAUUCCAUCAUCCCCCGCAUCAAAGGGGGGAAGAUUCCGGAUGUUUUCGCAACUCGUGAUGAGGAUCUCCAUCGACAGAUGCGCAAACCAAUCGCCAAUUUAUAUUCGAUUGCAAACUUGAUCAGCUUUGAGCCGCUGGUCUUCUCGACAAUGCGCUGCUUCUUUUCUCGCCUCGACGAGCUCUUCACUGAUAAAAACAAGGAUUUCGACCUUGGCCAGUGGCUGCAACUCUUCACCUUUGACGUCAUGGGUGAGGUAACGUUUUCGCGACGGCUCGGGUUUCUCGAGAAAGGUGGUGAUAUAGAGAAUGUUAUGGAAAACAAUUGGCAGUAUUUUCAGGCGGCGGCACCUAUGCCUUGGCUGGAUUAUUUCUGGAAAGACAAUCCUUUGCUACCAACUAUCUCCAAACGGAACCCACUCACUGACUUUGGUGCCGCUAGAAUCAAAGAGCGCUUGGAUAUGACAGAAACGGAGCGUUCCUCCAUCAACCAGAGAGAUUUCCUAUCUUGUUUUAUCGAAGAGGCCCAUAAAAAUCCUGGUCUUCCAAAAUUGGCCCUCCCAACGUGGACCAAUUCCAAUAUUCAGGCUGGGGGUGACACGACAGCCAUUAUGGCCAGUGUUAUCUUGUAUUAUUUGCUCAAGAACCCAUCCACACUGGAUGUUCUCCAGAGAGAGAUCGAUAAGGCCGCCCAUGAAGGUCGCAUAUCAGAGUUUGUGACGUGGAAGGAAUCACAGACCCUACCAUACCUGGAUGCAUGCGUCAAGGAAGCCUCGAGAUUGCAUCCCCCGAUUGGCUUCCCUUUGGAACGUAUUGUACCUGAGUCUGGGCUCCAGGUAGACGGGUACCAUAUUCCCCCCGGCACUCGGGUUUCCAUGAAUCCAUGGGCUGUGCAUCGAGAAAUUUCGCUCUAUGGGGAUGACGCAGAAAUUUGGAAACCGGAACGCUGGAUGUGUAGCGAGAUGGAAAAGAAAGCUAUGUAUCAUUCACUUCUAACCUUUGGUGCGGGCCACCGUGUAUGCCUCGGGAAGAACCUCUCUUACUUUGAGGUGUACAAGCUUGUUCCGUCAUUACUACAAAAGUACCAGUUGGAACUUGUUGACCCUCAAAGAGAGUGGUCAUUAGAGACAAAAUGGUUUACGAUGCCAUCGGGAUUCCGCGUCAGAAUUAAGAGUCGCAAUUCUACCAAGCGAAAUCCCGGUAACCCCAAUAUUGGCUGA